AUGUCUGCCAAAUAUGCCAUCUCGAAUAUUGAUUCCGACAUGGUCGAACGUAGACGCGAAGACACAAAGGACAUUAUAAUCCAGAUAUUAAACAACGAACCAGACUGUCGAACUUGGCCCCAAUGUCUUUGCAGACGCAUAAAAGAGCGAUGCGAAGAUGAAUUCACGGGGACUUGGAACUGCCAUGUUGGACCAAGCUUUGGAAGUUCCUUCCCCUAUGAAGCUAAUUCCUAUUUUUAUGGAGAAUGGGACGAUCUUAGUAUUCUUCUAUACAAGUACAAGUAA